UCGGGGGGUUCGGACGAACCCCCCCGCUGAAGCAAAUGGUCCGCUUUCAGAACAAACAUUCGAGAUGGGCAGGCCAGAGAAAAGAAAACAGGAACUGAAAAUUGCAUCCAAGAGAUGUCAAUCCCUGGAUAAAUUCUUUAACAAUAAACGACCACGACCAAGAGAAGGGCAAACCCAACAGGCACCACGAGAAGAACGCCCGACUCCUGACGAAAAAAGUAAUCCAUCAGAAUCGCCAUCAGGGUCUGCUAGCGAAGGAUACAAAGAAGAAUCCCAAACCAAGACACCUACUGCAACAAUUAACGAUAUUGGACAUAUCAUUACUGCAACAAUGUCAGUACUAGAUAUUAAAAAAGCAAUUGAAGGACUCUCUGAUGGAGAAAAAUAUACACUAAUCAAACACCAUAGCCAGCCGUCCGAAACAUAUACAUUUCCUAUAAUAUAUGUUGGUGGCUGUAACCGCAGUUUUAAACUCAGCUGGUUGAAGGAAUAUCAAUGGUUAGUUUAUAGCCAAAAACUCGAUGGUGCCUUUUGCAUCAUGUGUUCACUUUUCUGUAUGAAUCGAGAAGGGAAAGGGCAAUUUGUCAAUCGGCCAUUUAUAAAUUGGCAAAAGAAGUCCGAAAAGUGCAAAAGCCACGAAAGCAACGAGUACCACCAAGAGGCAAUGCAAAUUGCAGACACGUUCAUCAAAAGUAUUGAAAAUCCUAAUGCCACUAUUCCAAUUUUGAUGGAAAACAAUAGGUCAAAGAACAUUGACAAAAACCGAGAAAUACUUCGAUGCAUUGCAGAAGCAAUUGUGUAUUGUGGCAAGCAAGGUAUAGCAUUACGUGGGAAGAACGAACACUUGGAGGAUGAGAAAACAAACCCGGGAAAUUUUCUCUCCUUGAUCAAGGUACUGGCUAGGUAUUGCUCAACCUUACAUGAACAUUUAAUGGAGCCACAAAUGAAAUGUGUCACUUACUUGUCACCACAAACACAAAAUGAGUUACUCGAUGUUAUAGGCAAUCACAUAAUUCUCGGUGACCUUGUCCAAGAGAUAAAGACAGCACAGUUCUAUAGUAUCAUGGCGGAUGAGGUGACAUCUCAUAACACUGAACAGCUGGCUCUGUGCGUCCGCUUCGUGGAUUCAGAUGAAAAUAUUAGGGAGGAGUUCAUACAAUUUUCAAAAGUGAUUCGCACCACGGGUGAAUAUCUGGCCAAUGAGAUCAUUCACAUACUGGAAAACCUUGGUAUACCAUUGAAAGAUAUGCGUGGUCAAGGAUAUGAUGGGGCGAGUAACAUGUCAUCUGGUCGAGUUGGCGUCCAGGCUAAAAUCCGAGAGCAUGCUCCAUUAGCAACAUAUGUGCACUGUAGUGGCCAUUGCUUAAAUCUGGUUAUAAGUCACGCCUGUAACAUACCAGAAGUGCGUAACAUGAUCGACAAACUUAAGAACUGUUGCCUUUUUUUUCCGAAAUAGCCCAAAGAGAAAUGAACUUCUUGAGUUGAUUACAGCGAUUAAAGUCGAGAACCAAACAAGGAGAAAAACUUUAAUUGAUCUCUGUCGGACCCGAUGGGCGGAGCGCCAAAAUGCCUACCAACACUUUUACCAGUGCUAUUUCUUUAUUGUUGAUGCCCUACAGGUGAUCGGCUACAAGAUGCAUCUUGAAGAAUACAAUGGUCUACAUGAAGGUUUUGCAGAAUUGUAUUGGGAUUGGAAAACACAGACCCGCAGUGAUGCGCAGCAGUUGCUCACUGGUAUAACAAGUUUUGGCUUUAUUAUAGUUUUCCUCACAGUCUACCAAUAUCUCUCACAUCUUUCUGGACUUACUGUUCAGCUCCAAAGCUCCUCUCUGGAUAUUAUUCAUGCAUAUAAUGCCGUGAACGAUAUUAAAGAUAUCUACAAGAAAGAGCGCCAUGACGUUGACAGUAAUUUCGAAUCUGUAAUUUUCAAACAGGCAGAGAGAAUGGCAGCAAAAGUGGGUGUUGAGCCCAAUAAGCCAAGGGUCAG